AACUCUAGCCACAACUCGUACUUCAAUCCCGCCAUUCACUCGCGACACACACACCCUUCACUAUCCACACAACCGCGACACCGAAUACAUCAUGGGUCGACCCGCUGGCAGCGACAACGGCUCUGGCUGCAUCUCCGACCAUUCCUCAUCCUCAAGUGCUUCGUCCAGCACGCGUCCUACCCCAACCACACCCACCAAACGCCGCUCAAACCCUCCCCCCCUUCGCCUAAAUUCCAUAGGCGUUGACCCUUCUACACUUGUCGGGAAGACGCUGACGCGAAUCCGCCGUUCCCGCUCCCAUCCGGCCUUGACUCUCGAUUUCGCGGACAAAACGAGCUUCCAAAUUCUUGUGGAUGGUUAUGAUCCAAUCCACAAAGGUGUCCCGAAGGAGCUGGAGAUGGAUGACGGGUUUGCAGGAGUGUUGAAGGCCUGCGCCAACCCGGGCGACAAGGAAAAGGGAAAUUGGAGCGGUGGAAAGCUGGAAAAGGGAAUGCUCGUUACCGACUGUGCCCUCAUACGGUUAACGGACAAGGCGUUCGAGAGGCAGAAGGCGAAGGCUGCGGAGACUACGAAGCAUGGGCUCGCUCCCAGCAUCGGCAAGGAGGCCAAGUGGGACCAAAACCAUCUAGGGAUCGCCUUCAAAUUCGCGUCGGUCGAGACAGAAGAUACACGCUCGAGAUGGCAUUGUGUUUGGGCCACCCUCGCUGAAUACGACGAGGAUGCGGGCACCUGCUUGUUCCGGAGCUACGAUGACGUGUAUCUGAAUAAACUGGAGCGCUCGCCGCGGAAGGGACGCUUCAAGCGCAACAAGUCCCGUAAUCCUGACAGGUUCUGAGCCAGUGGUUUUGCAUUACCCCGUAACGACAUUUAAGGAUCUCUCGCGCUACCUAUCUUACAUUAUCCGCAGCACCGCAUGCUGCCCGCUAUCAUCGCCACCUCACUCUCCACGAAUCUGUAUAUUGGAUCUACCUUUGCUCGCGGCCACCGCACAUUGUAUCAUCGCAGUUUGCUCUAUCUUUAUCGCGUACUGUUCAGUGAGCAUAGGGUAUCUACUUUUCCAGUGCUGCUUCUCCUGUACAUAGGUGACAUUUCUACCGCUACAGACUAUGGUGCUUUCAAGUCUUGCAUUUUCUACGUAGAAUGGAUAGCACUAGUAAUGUACAAUUAUUGGACUCGGCCUGUGUGUCAUUAUUAACGUG